CCGCGCGGGAAGGACGUCCCGGCCCGCCACCCCGGCCUCGCCGUCUCACCGCCUCGCAGACGCCACUCGACAUGCUGACCGCCGUGCAGAGAGCCGCGGCGUCGCUGUGGAAGGCGACAUGGCGCAAGAAGCACCUGGACGACGGGCCCUCCGAGCUGGCCCGCGUGCUGGGCCUGCUGGACCUGACGGCGCUGGGCGUGGGCUCCACCAUGGGGCUCGGCGUGUACGUGCUGGCCGGGUCCGUGUCGCGGCUGCAGGCCGGCCCCGCCGUCGUCGUCUCGUUCCUCAUCGCCGCCGUGGCCAGCGUCUUCGCGGGCCUCUGCUACGCUGAGUUCGCGGCGCGCGUCCCCAAGGCGGGCUCCGCGUACGUCUACGCGUACGUGGCGGUGGGCGAGGCCAUCGCCUUCAUCAUCGGCUGGACGCUCAUCCUCGAGUACGCCAUCGGAACGGCGAGCAUGUCGCGGGCGGUGUCGAGCUACGUGGACAACCUGGUGGGCCAGCGCAUGAGUACCUUCUUGAACGGGACGGUGCACAUGGACAUGCCCUUCAUGGCGGAGUACGCCGACUUCUUCUCCCUGUUCAUCGUGGUCAUCAUCACCCUGCUGCUGGCCUUCGGCGUCAAGGAGUCCUCCUACGUCAACAUGCUCUUCACGUUCGUCAACCUGGUCACGGUGGCCACCGCCUUCGUCACCAGUUCGAUUUAUGCCAAGCCCGAGAACUGGUCGCUGUCGCCGGAGCAGAUCCCGGCGGACCUCCGAGACAAGGCGGGAACGGGCGGCUUCAUGCCCUUCGGCUUCAAGGGGGUCAUCCAGGGCGCCGCCACCUGCUUCUUCGGCUUCGUCGGCUUCGACUGCAUCGCCACCACGAGCGAGGAGACCAAGAACCCCCGGCGCAACAUCCCGCUGGCCAUCGUGCUGUCCCUCAUCAUCAUCUGCACGGCGUACUGCGGCGUGGCCACGUCGCUCACCCUCAUGUGGCCGUACUACGACCAGGACGUGGACGCCCCCUUCACCUACGCCUUCGACCAGCUGGGCCUCACCGCCGUCAGAUGGGUCGUCACCGUGGGCGCCGUCUUCGCCCUGGCCACCAACCUGCUGGGGUGCAUGUUCCCGCUGCCGCGCAUCCUGUACUCCAUGUCCACGGACGGCAUCCUGUUCCGCUUCCUGGGCAACGUCAACUCGCGCACGCACACGCCCGUGAUCAGCACGCUGCUGUCGGGCGCGCUGGCCGGCAUCAUGGCCCUGCUGUUCGACCUGACGCAGCUCAUCGAGAUGCUGUCCAUCGGCACGCUCCUGGCCUACUCCAUCGUGGCCCUGUGCGUGCUCGUGCUCAGGUACACCGCCCACGUGGAGCCCGCCAAGCCGGACAAGACCACGGACCUGGACAGCGAGCCGGGCUUCAGCGUCAAGUCAAUCUGCGCCGGCAUCUCGCGGGCGCCGCGGGCGCUGGUCAACUGGGAGAGGUCGUCCGUGCCCACGGCCACGUCGACGGGGGCGGCGGGCAUCCUGGUGGCGGCGUUCGGCGCGCUGUCGCUGGCGCUGUGCGUGCUGCUGUCACGCGCCGGCUCCACGCUGUACUCCGACCCCGCGCCCUGGACCGCGCCCCUGCUGUCGCUGGGCGUGCCGCUGGUCGUGGUGCUGCUGCUGCUGUGCCUGCAGCCCCAGGCCAGCGUCUCGCACCUAUCCUUCGCGGUGCCCUGCCUGCCGGUCAUCCCGGCCCUCAGCGUCUUCCUCAACACGUACCUCAUGAUGGAGCUCAGGGGGGAGACGUGGGUGCGCUUCGCUGUCUGGAUGAUCAUCGGGCUGGUCGUCUACUUCUCGUACAGCGUGCGGCACAGUGGCGAGCGCACGUGCAACCGGCCGACGAGCAACGGCGUCAACGGCGUCAACGGCCACGCCCCCGCCGUGGGCGACUCCAACACCACCUACAAGCACGCCGAGGGGCUGACACACCUGUGAUAUAUACCUAUUUAUGUUAAGGAUAGAUUUCCAAGUUAUUGAUUAAGGAGAGAGAAUAGAUUCGAGUGCAGUGAAGCGCAGCCUGAGGGAAGUCCCACGUCAGUGGCCGAGCAGAGCAGCCGAGAUUCCAGUGGACUGGAUUCGAGAAUGCCGUUGCGUUUCCUGCUGCUUUUGUACAUACAUGACAGUCGGUCCAAGACUGUGCGAAGAGAAGAGGCGAUAAAUGGACGAUCCCAAAUGUUGAGAUGCUCAGAUUCUGUGCCAAACUCAUUUGCCAUUUUACUAAGUGUGACACGCAGCCUACCGUCGUAUCAAAGAGGACCAUAUCGGUACAAAUAUUGUAUCGCAGAUGCAGAAAAGUUGGAAGUAUUUUGAGUCGCCGUGACGCGGCUGCCUUGUCGGUAAGCCAUUUGCCCGUCAGUUCUAUGGGCAAAAACUAAAAUUCAUGUCAGUCUUUGAAUUCACCAUAAGUAAUAUCUUUUUACAUGUCUCAUGUUGAUUUUAUUUUUCAAAAGAAAACAAAGUGAUUAUUAUAAAAUAAUUUGAUGUGUACCACUUA